AUGGAAAACCUGGGAUUGGUGAAUCCAGAGCAAGAAGCACCAAGAGCGGACCCUGAUUCUAAGAAUACUCACAACUCGCUUGAUCAUAACAUAAGUAACAACAGUCCUUUAUUCAACCCAGAUGUCGUCUCCAGUUUCUUGGGCAAAGCUGAUCCUUCUGCAGUAACUGAAGAGGUUAGUAUGUUGGCUUCAUUUAUGCAAGAUGCUCAAAGAAAUAGUCAUCCCAAAAUACUGAAGAAUUGUGAGACCAGGUGGCUACAGUUGUUCAGACUGGUGGAGAGGCAGUGCCAAGAACAGAUAGUUGCUCAGCAAAAACUAUUUUAUCAUCAAAUACAUCACAUACAAAAUGAAAUCAGGCGCUUGGGGACACUGCAAACCAAAAACACGUGCUCGUGUCCCAAACUGGCCUCUUCCAUCAGACUUUCAGACAGCUGCCCGUUGCUAGGAGGUCAGAUGGGGUUGAAGGCCAACGCUUUUGAAGAACACGAGCUCUUUACCAGUCAGUUCCACCCCAGCCAUGCUGACAACCAGGCAGAGGCUUCAGUCAUGCACCAGGAGGGCCUGACAAAGAGUGUUUCAGUAAGCAGCGGAUAUGGUACGUUAUCUACUGCGGAACUGAGUCCUGGCAAAUGUGAUGACCUUCAGGCAUGCAUGGAAAACUCGGAGACGAUGACCAAAUGGCAGAACUGUCCAGCGCCAGCCCUGGAGGAUUCCGUUGUGGGCAGCAUUCAGGACGAAAGAGAAGGUUUGCAAACCGCAACAGGACAUUCUCCACCUCUGAAGGGGAACGAUGGCGAUUUCCCCGCUCAGAUGGAGCAUCCGAUUCACGAAGGUCACCCUGAGGAACCAAGUUGCAAAUCUUUAACCUCCUGGGCUCAAAAGAUGAAACAAAACCACGUGAAAAAAACAAGCGUGGAAGAGGAGACCACACCGGGAACAGAGCAAACCGUUGGCAGGACCGAUGACAUCGCUGCUGCUGCUGCUGCGCCAUCCACCACUCCGUUUUACCUCAAUCAGCAAAGUGGAAGCCAAAAUUCUUUGGUCUCUCUUUCUUCAGGGCUGACCUAUUGGAAAUUAGAUGAGAAGGAGAUGUAUCGAGCGUUGCCUAAGAAUUUGGGAAAUGAAUUCCUUACGUUCUCAACAAAGGCUUCUUCAGAACAGCUGUCUUCCAGCGACGAACUGAAGCCUACAUCCUUAAAGGAUAUUUAUCAUAAGAAACAGAAGGAAGAUAAGCCACUUGUAGAGUGGAAUUUCACCCCCCUGCACUCAACUCAUCCCCCAGAGAUCCUGACCCUCGACCCAACGCUCCACAUGAAACCAGGUGAGCUGAACACGGGACGGCGUCUGCCCAGGUUCUACGCCAGCCCAGAGCAAGCUCCCUUGUCUCCAGAUUCCAUGGCAGAUCCUGUGGGUUUUUCCCUUCCUUCAGAGGUGGAUUCGUUUUCCCACACGAGCACCGUGGUAUCCCCUCGCUCCGCCGAGUCUCCCCGAUACACCUAUUGCUCGGCAGCCUUGCAUGCAGAUUCCUGGGGCAGCUGUGAGUUUGAGAACGCAGCCAACGUCACCGGCUCUCAUCAUCCAAAUGACGAGCUUUUAGACAUGGAGGACAACGAGAACUUAACCCUCACGCCGUCUUCGGUGGUACGGCACCCGAUUCCUUCUGCUGAGAAUCCUUUGACGCAGCACAAACUUUCGCUUGCUUGCGUAGAAGAUCCCCUGGUCCUCUCCAAGAUUAGGCAGAAUUUGAGGGAAAAACACAUCCGGCACAUAGCUGAUCUCCGAGCGUAUUACGAGUCCGAAAUUCUCAAUUUAAAGCAGCAGUUAGAAGCAAGCCAUACCUCUCCUUCUGAAGAAAUGAAGAAAAUCAAUCAAAAUCUUACGGACAGGUGUGACCAGCUAGAAGCUGCUCUGCACGAAGCCAACAGCCGUGUGCGAUCCCUCGAAAAUAAAAACAAGGCCUUAGAGAUGGAAGUAACAGAUUGGCGUGAGCGCUUCAGUGCCAUCAGCAACAGCACCAAGUCCUUGCAGGAGCGCAUCGAACAAAUGCGCACGAGUAGCAAGGACAAAGACAACACCAUCAGCCGCCUCAAGAGAAGACUCAAAGAUCUGGAAGAGGCCUUUGAGAAAGCCUACAAGCUCUCUGAUAACAAGGACGCCCGGUUAAAGGAAGAGAAUAAGAUGUUUCAAAAUCUUUUGGGAGAAUACGAAUCGCUUGGGAAGGAGCAUGAACGAGUUAAGGAUUCUUUGAAUAUUACUGAGAACAAAUUACUCGAUGCGCACACUCAGAUUUCUGAUUUGAAGAGAACAGUCUCGAAACUGGAAACUCAGGUCAAGCAAUUAGAACAUGAAAACUCACUCAAAUUUCGUUCCCUUGCCGAGGGACACUUUGGACCAUCCUACGCCAGCAAAUUAGAAAGCUUUGAUGUGAGCAGAAGGAAGUGGCUGAUCCCAGGAUCUGAAUUUUCAAUCUUUACCGGUCAGCCUUUGGCAGCUCAAGGAAGUCCCAUCGACAACCGGCUUGAAAAAGAGUUCACCUCUCUUCGGCGUCACUCUCCUCCAGAGAAGGAUCCCUCUCCAAAUUGUCUCCUCACCAACGAAGCCAUUCAGAAAGAGAUCAAAACCCAAGAGAUCCCCAUCCUCAAGGCCUUUAAAGAAUUUGAGGAAAGGAAGGCUUUGAAGAACCGAGGCACCCAGGUAGAGAAAGAGGAAGAGGCCAGAGCAGAGACCAACAAAACACUUGUUCGGUGUCCGGUUGUGGGGUUCACUGAGACAUCCUUGGAUAUGAGCCGUUCGCCCGAGAAGAGCAAAGAGCAUCCGAGGCACAAAAAAUUCAACUCGUCCCAGCGAUCUUCAUCGCUCCCACCUUCAAACAGGAAGACAAAUACGCCAACCAAGCGGGAGACCAUGUUGACUCCGGUGGCCGUGACCUACAGCCCCAAGCGCUCCCCCAAAGAAAAUCUGUCCCCGGGUUUCAGCCACUUUCUCAGCAGAAACGAAGACGCUGUGACCAGAUUUGAUAUCCGUCUGGAUGACGUUGUCGCUGGGCCCGCUCUGCACUACGGCAGCCCACGGAAAAGGCUUCAGUUUUGCUCAGGAGACGAUACAGAAGCAAACAGAGAUUCCUCACGGGAAGGUUACGAAGAGGGCCGCUCUGCCACCAGCAGCGAGUCGGGAUCGUCUUCGGCCCCUCCGGCUCCUUACGAGCCCCAGUUCAAGUACGUUUCCAGGAUUAGGACCUUGGCAGAGACCGAGAGGCUGUUUGACGAGCUGACUCAAGAAAAGCAACAGAUUGAGUCCCAGCUGAGCCGAAUUCCUUGCGCCGGAGGAAGGAUGACGCUACAGGCCCGGCUGAAUCAGGAAGCUCUGGAGGAUCGCCUGGAAAGAAUUAAUCGAGAAUUGGGAUCCAUCCGUAUGACCCUGAAGAGGUUCCAGAUUUUACGCACCUCCGCAAACAUUUGAGAGGACCCGACUUUUAAGACACGUACCCCUUUAUUUGCACUAAAGUACAAUAAUUAUGCAAACCGGUUUUGUAUUUUUCUAAACCUACCCCUGCCUU